UCUGAAUCUCUGACGACUGAUUGGCAGGCAGUCAAAACAGAAUUCCCAGUGUACACGAGUAAAAUUAUUGGAAGAUGCCACCUAAAAAAUUGGGCCAGAUACUGCUACCGCUCGCUCUCCUGUCGCUGCCACUGGCCUUCUGUGCCGAUGACCCACGGCUCAUGAAUCAGGGGAGGGAGCAGCCAACGACAAGGGGUGGACCAGCCGUGGAGGAGCUAACAGCCAGCUAUUGGCUGAGGCAGGCGUGCGAUCAGGUGGCGGCUCGACUGGAUCGCACCCAGGACACGGUCACGGAUGGGCGUAGGGCCAAGAACAUCAUCAUGAUGCUGGGCGAUGGCCUGUCUAUCACCACGCUGACAGCUGCGCGCAUCUUGAAGGGCCAGCGCCAAGGACGCAGCGGCGAGGAGAGUAAACUGGCCGUCGAGGAGUUUCCCUACUCCGGCCUGUGCAAGACCUACUGCACCAACGAGCAGUCCCCGGACUCGGCCUGCACGGCCACUGCCUACUUGGGCGGUGUUAAGACCAGCAGCGGCACCGUUGGCCAGAGCGCCGACGGCGAGAUAGUCGAGUCCCUCAGCAUGUGGGCCCAUCGCGCGGGCAAGGCCACGGGGCUGGUGACGACGACGCGUGUGACCGAUGCCAGUCCAGCGGCGGCAUUUGCCCACGUGGCCAGACGCAGCGACGAGCUUGAGAUCGCCCGCCAGCUGGUGGAUGAGCAGCCGGGCCGGCACUUCAAGGUGAUCCUGGGUGGCGGAUUGGGUAAGUUCAGUCUCGAGCGACGCGAUGGCCGGGAUCUGGUGCAGCAUUGGCAGUCGGUCAAUCCGGAAGGCUGCUUCGCCCGCUCGCUAAGUGAGCUGCGCGACUGCGUCAGCUCCAAUGGUAGCAUGCUGGGACUGUUCAGCGACAGCAACAUGGCCUAUCACCUGGCCGCACACAAAGAGCAGCCGAGCCUCAGCGAGAUGACGGCCGUGGCCAUCGAGCGCCUAUCGGAGCAUGCCGACGGCUAUUUUGUGUUCAUCGAGGGCGGUCGCAUCGACCACGGCCACCAUGAGACGCGCGUCGGGUAUGCCCUGGACGAAAUGCUCGAGUUUGAUGCGGCCAUUGAUAUGGCCCUCCGCCUGACCGAUCCCAGGGAGACGCUCAUCGUGGUCACUGCCGACCACUCGCACAGUCUUACCAUGUCUGGUUCAGCGAAGCGCGGCACCCCCAUCCUGGGCAUGGACCAGCUCCAGCGGGACGUGAAUGGUGUUCAGUACAGCACCCUGAACUACGCCAUUGGCAAGUGGCAGAGCCACGGCAAAGACGGCCGCCGCGAAAAUCCAGGAAAGACUCUUAGUCAAACUUCCUUCACACCCAGCUACAUUCACGGUCGUAAGGGCGUCCACUCGGGCGAGGACGUGGCCGUCUUUGCCAUGGGUCCUAAGUCGCAUCUUUUUAGCGGCAUCAUGGAACAAAAUCUGCUGCCCCACCUAAUGGGCUAUGCGGCGGGACUAGAUUCAGGCGCCACUCCAUGCGAGCUUCAGCGAAAAGUCGACACAUCUUUCUAAGUUUCUUUUUCUCUUUGGUUUUAGCGUUCUCUCAAAUACAAUGUUUAAUGAAGAAAAUG